AGCUAUUUUGUGUGAUCAUCAUGCCUAAAAAGAAAACUGGGCAAAGGAAGAAAGCUGAAAAACAGCGUAUGCGCCAAAAAGAAAUACGAACAGCAUUUAAUCAAAAACCUUUAGCUGAACAUCCUUGUAAUUUUUCAAUGGAAUGUGAUAAGUGUAAUAGGAAGCAAAAAAAUAGGGCUUUUUGUUAUUUCUGUUCUGCUGUUCAAAGGAUGCCCAUUUGCUGCCAAUGCGGUAUAUUUUAUUUUAUACCUUAAAUUUAUUACAUUUGGUCUGUUAUUAUUUUUUCUCUGCUUAAAUU